CCUUCCGCCUUCGUGAGGUGUAUAAACUUUGAUUUAACAUCGAAGUCUGACAACUGUCAAAUGACAAGUCUGCUUAGAAUACUACGUUUUAAAAGUUGAAAUGGCAGCAGAAAUAAAACCAGCUCCUGGAGUGAAUCAUGAUAAAUUCAGUACAAGCCGUAAACCUAUACUUUUGUCAAAAUUGGAAGGAUGUAACGAUGAUGUCAAUGCGGCUAUCAUUAUACCGCGGGAAGAUGGUGUAAUUAGUGUUUGUGAUGACAGAACGGUUAGAGUUUGGUUGAAACGCGAUUCAGGCCAAUAUUGGCCUAGCGUUUGUCAGUAUAUGGCUGCUGGUGCAACGUCCAUGAAUUAUUGUGUCCAAACUAGGCAAUUAUUUGUUGGUCUGGAAAAUGGUACUAUAAACGAAUUUAUUUUGGAGCAAGAUUACAAUCGAAUGACUGCUAUGCGGGAAUACGCGGCGCAUCAAGCAAGAGUCACAGGUGUUAUAUUUGCCCCAAAUUGUGAAUGGGUUCUAAGCAUAGGUCGAGAUAAAAUGUUUCAAUUACAUUGUUCAGAAACUGGACAAAAAUUGGGAUCAUAUCAAACAGAUGCAUGGUACACUGCCUUGCAAUUUGACGCGCAAUCAAAACAUGCUUUUAUCGGCGAUUAUUCUGGACAAAUAGCAAUGUUAAAGUUAGAUACUAAUGGCGUUACAUUAAUCACUACAUUAAAAGCACAUACAGGUAGUAUUCAUACAUUAGCAUGGGAUUUUGAAAAACAGCUUCUAUUUUCUGGUAGUUUUGACCAAAGUAUCAUAGUAUGGGACAUUGGUGGACGUCAGGGUACAGCAUAUGAACUUCAAGGACAUCAUAACAAAGUAACAGCAUUAUGCUACGCGAGCGCCGAACGCAUAUUAUUGUCUGGAGGAGAAGAUGGGGUGAUAGUAUGCUGGGAUAUGGCUGCAAAUAGGAAAGAAACUGCAGCAUGGGUAGAAUCAGAUACAUGUCAGGCUUGUGGAAGGCCAUUUUUUUGGAAUAUUAAAGCAAUGAUGGAUCAACGACAACUUGGUUUGAGGCAACAUCAUUGUCGUCAUUGUGGUCGCGCGUUGUGCGCACGAUGUACAUCUCAACGGAUACCGAUACCAGCGAUGGGUUUUGAAUUUGAAGUUAGGGUGUGUGAUCCGUGUUACAUUCAGCUCAAAGCAGCAAACCAAACUCCUUUAGCAUCUUUCCACGAUGCAAAACAUAACGUUGUUGGAAUGGAUUUGGAUGCAUCCAGACGAAGAUUAUUGACUAUCGGUCAGGAUCGUCUCAUCAAAAUUUGGGAUAUUUCCGCGCUUCUUCAGUGAACUUCCAAACACGUUAAUUUAAAAUUAACAAAACUAAUCAAAUCGUAAGAUAUAAGAGAACCCUAUUAUUACCACAUUACAGUGUGAAGAUUCGUUAUCCAAAGCCUGCGUUUGUAAUCAUAAAAUAACAAUUUGCUUCUUGUACAAAAAGUUCUAUAACAUUUAAACAUUCUACAAUUCCGAAAUAGUCCAUUUAUAAAAUCACUAAAAUAUAUUUUACUUGCAAAUAUUUUUCUCGGCAGAAAAAAAAGGAAUAACAGGAUAACUUAUUAAGAAUCUAAUAUAUAUCAGUCUAUUUUUUAAUAUUCCUUACUUUGUGCAAUCACGUUUUAAAAAAUGACCAAAGUACGAAACGGUAGACUAUGUUAUGAAUUUAUUACAACGAAUUAUUAUUUUGAAUUACAAUACAUACAAAGAAGUAAUGUUAAUGAUAUUAAAAUGCAUACGAAUAAUACAGUGGAUACGAACGAAUUAUUUCUGUUACAGAAGGGCAAAAUGAAAAAUAGUCUGUACAAUAUUAACACUUAUUUUAAACUAUAAAAUUGAAUUAAAUAGUAAUAAUAAUAAUACUAAUAAUUGGUAUAAGAAUAUAAAUUAUGGAACGUUUUAAGAAAAGUUUACUAAAAAUUUGUUAAAGCAGUGGGGAAAUUCACAAAUAAGUCGUUAUAGCUCCUAGUCGUUCUGUUUAUCGUAUUUCUAAUUAUUUAAUAUUAUAGUUUCAUAUAAGUAACUGGGAAGGCAACUCGUCAUCAAAAUUGUUUAAUUUCUCGCCAUUGACUUCUUAACAUUCAAUUGAAAAACAGGUACAAGUUAUAUGAAAAUAAUACGUAUUAAUUAAAAAUCAUGAAACGUCCAUGAAAUAGAAAUUAUUGCUUGAGUUCUACCGAUAUUCUUUCACUUAGUAUAAAUAUGCAUAACUUGUGCCUGAAUAAAAUUCACUGUAAUUACAUCGGAACGAUGUACAAAAGAACAUUGAUAUCUCUACUGUAGCUACUAAAAAAAGUAGUUGCGGUAAAGGAACUUACAUUUAUCGUCAUAACGCACUAAGAUUGCAUUUUAAGAGAACGUUCAACCGUAAUUUGGUGCAAUAGUUUUUAUCACAGCGGAUUCAUCCUUAUUUUUGAACGUAUCUAUUCCACAUGUUUAUAGAAGAACUUACGAAGUCGCAGUGUAUUAUCAUAAAUAGUUUGUACAUUGUUAAAAAAAAAUACAUGCUUCCCUAUUAAUUUCCACGUGCUCUGCGUAUUAGCAUUAUGUCGCGCAUUAAUGCUCGCGAUCAAGGUUUUGAUCGUUUCGAAAUACAUAUAUAUAUAAAUGUACGUGUACGUAUACUCCAUCUAAUUUAUACUCUUAUUAAGACUAGUAGGCUUUAUUAUUGUUUCAUUAUAUCGUGUACAAUAGAAUAUAUAGAAUUUGUUGUAUCGAGUUAAUUUAUAUUCAUUCAAGUUAAAAAUUAUUUUAAAAGUUUGCUCAACGUCAUGGUUUCGUUGCUCUUAUCGUUAGAAUCAACGAGUCGAUAACAACGUAGCAUGGUAUUUUACUCUGAUUUUAGUACAGAACCAAUCGAAUUGCUCUCGUAAAAGAUAGAUGGUUGAGAAGAAAGCGUCGUAUUCGUUGUACGAAGAAGAAUAAGGAAGAACAUGUUUAUAUAUAGAAAUGAUUUUAUAAAAUCAUUAAUCGAAUACGCAUAACGUCGCCAAUGUUGUUAUUGUUGCUGGAAUUUUCAAUACUUUGCAUAUUAAUGUACAUGUUACGAAUUACAGAAAUCACAGUAUAUGUAUGUACAAUGUUCAUGUGAAGUUCGUAUGGAAUGAAAAUAUAUUUUCAAUGUAAGCGA